AAUAAAUGCUGUAAAAUAGUUAUCGAGAUGGAAUUCAAAUCAAAAACACAUCUAUUAAUGUUGGAUCUGAUCCUUUGAAAAUUAAAUAAAUUUACCAAGAAGGUGUUGAGGCAGAAAAUUAAAAACAGAUAAUUGAAAAUACAAUUCUAACAAUAUCAAUCUAAACUAAUUACAUGUUAAACAGAAUUAACAAAAGAUUUGAUUGCCUUAUUCCUAUUAAAAAGACUUAAUGUAAUUUGCACCAUUUUACUACAUAGGCUAUAUAAUUGAUGACAUGGGAGCAAAAAUAGAUUAUUUAUUUAAGAAAUUCAAUUUGACAACUAAUAAUGUGAAUUAUAUGAGUGAUCAUAUCAAAAGAUUAACUGAAAAAGUUAAUAAUGAUAUUAAAAAACAGCAAUCUUAAUAUCAUUCGAAUAUUAAAAUUGAAGAUUACAAAAACUAUUCAAAUUUAUCUAUUGAGCAUUUCUAAAAUAAGCAAGUAAUUUCUUUGCAUUAUCUAAUAGAUUUUUAAUUCAUUUAGUAAUAUUGAAUAAAAAAGCAUUGUUAGAUAAAAGAGUAAAUUAUCAGAUAUCUUAACAACAUCUCAUAGAAUAGAAAAACUAGUAACUCAUGAACUUUAACUUAAUUAAUAUAAUGAAAUAAUCUUAGAAAAACUAUUUAUUGAUCAUCAUUUAUAUUAAGUUCUUUAAGAAUUUCUAAAAAAUAAGAAAAAUCCAUUAAUAUAUGAGAAACUUUUUAGAACAAUGGAAACUUUUGAAACUAAUCAUAAAAUAGAAAUGAAAUUGUUAGCUGAUUAAUUCAAAGAUAUAACAAAUAAUUAAUCCCAUGAAGCUAUCUGGUAAUAAUUUAAUUAUUAUUAUAUAAGUGAAUAAAUUAUCAGAAAUACUGUCAUUCAUAUAGAAAAUGAUAUGCUAAAAUAAAUUGGACACAUAGACUUACAAAAUUUGAAUAGAAAAUUUAAAGAAUAUUAUCUACCAUAAUUAAAUGACAUUAGAAUCUAUUAACAAGGAUAAUUUUAUCCAAGUGGAAUUCUCCUUGUAUUAAUGAGAAUUGGAAAAGUUAGUGAAGCAGAGAAAAUACUCCAUACACUAAUAUAUAACGAUUAAAAUAUUGCUUAAUAAUUUUUAAGCUUUUUCGAUUUGGUAAAUAAUGUAAUUUAACAAAAAAAAAUUAUUAAUUAAAAUGAUGUUGAAGAACAAUAUAAAUAAUAAUGCUGCGAUAUCAUUUUAUAAUAAUGUUAUUGGUUAUUAAUGGAUGUAAGUGAAGCAUAUGAUAUAUUUGAAGAAACCUAAUUUCAAAAAGAUAAAGACUUUUUUUUUUGGUUGAUUAUGAAAACAACUCAUGUUUCUGAAAAAUUUGUAAAUUAUGAUAAACACGAAUAUGAAUCAAAAAAAUCUUUCCCUCAUUGGACUUUAGCAGAAUUACAUGAAGUAAUUCCUUAGACUUCUGUAUGUUUGAGAACAAAUAUCUUUUUGUAAAGAUAUGAUUACAUUUUGAAUGAAUUAUACAAAAUCCAGAAUUCUUGUCUUUCAUAGGUUGAAUAUUUCAUUUUAAAUACUGUUAUUUCAAAUUUAAACAUUAAAUCAGAAAAUAAUUUAGAAAAUGAGAAAUAAAAUAAAUGGAUAAUUGAUAAUCUAGUGAAUUAUACUUAGAAUAAAUAUCCUCUUAUUUCAUGUUUGAUAUUAAGUAUUUCUGAAUAUAAUUAUGAAUAAAUUGCAAGUCUAUUAUAAAGAAGUAAUCAUGUAGCUUAAGUUUUGAGUGAUAAAGCCAUAAAAGAAAAUUUAGAGAAUAUUUUUGGAGUUGAUGAAUUAAUUAAAAUUACAAAUGAAAUGAUUAGUUAGCAUUUUGAGAAGAAUUUACAUAUGGUAUUGAAAGAUCUAUAAUAAUUAUUGUCUUUAGCUUCAACAAUAUAUUAAAUUUAGGAUUGUUAAACAUCAAUUUUAUUGAAAUUAGAUGAGAUGAGCAAUUAUAUCAGAUUACUAUUAAAUUAAAAUUAAGAAUAAUAGAUAAUUACAGCUAUCUAUUUAUAUCACGAAACUUAGUUUGCUUUGAUUAUAUCAAAUUUCAUAGCCAAUUAAUAUUGUAUAUAGAAAUUAGGCACUAAUUUAGAUAAAAAAUAGAAUGUAGGAAGAAAUUUAGAAACUUUGCAUCCAAAAAUAAAGAGUUUAGCAAAGAAUUAUAAAUAAUAUUAAUACUUAUAUAGAUUUUAAUUAAUUGAGAUAUUCUAAUUAACUUAUGCACUAAUGAAGUAAGAUUAAAUUUCAUUAAAUGAAAUUAAUUCUAUGUUAAUAAAUAUAAAUGUAUCAGAAUUAUCAAAAUGUUUAUUGGAAAAUAAGUAGGUACAUUUGAUAAAGAUAGUUUUCUACUAGAUUUUAAAUUUGAUUGAAUAAAAAAAAUGUAUGGAAUAGACAUUAGCAAUGUAAAAUUAAGUUCAAAAUAUUAUAGUACAAAAAUUAAAGAAUUCAACGAGACUAUGCUUAAAUAUCCAAUCUCUUAGGGAGUAAAAAUUUGUAAGAAGGAAGUUCAAUUUUCUUAGAGUAGUGUAGAUAUACUAAAUAAUUAUUCAAAGAUAUUGCAGAUUUAUUGA